AUGGAUGCCCCAACCCCAACUCCACGGCCCUUGGUCGGUACGUUGCAGUCCGGCCCGUCGGGGGGCAUACAGAAAAGUCGACAGCGUGCUAUUGCAGCCUGUCUGACCUGUCGCCGUCGAAAGGUCAAAUGUGAUCAUGGACAGCCUACUUGCUCACCAUGUCUCCGGGGAAAUCGUGAAUGUACAUACGUUACCUCGCAGCCGAACCAACCUCAGGCUGCUGCCUCUCAUACACCGGCUGCCAGUCGAGCGUCGCGAUCCAGCAACCUACGAGCUGGACAGGACGAGAUUCGGACUCGCCUUGAGAGGCUAGAGAAAUUACUGGAACGAGCGAUAUGUGGUGGCGAUAACCUGUCCCACUCUCCCGACACUCAUGUUGACCAAGCUCCUGGCCCACGGACGCCCAUUGACGUUGCUGAUCAGGGGGGUACAGCAACCGAUAUCAAAACGCUGGGCCCUAGAUCUGAAACCUUGUCGACCGAUGGCUACGACGGAGCUCUGCUUCUGGAGGCAGAGGGUGGGCAGUCACGCUGGGUGUCGUCUCUCCACUAUGCUCUCUUGGCCGACGAGAUUCACGAUGUAAAAAUGCUUUUAGGAGAUCGCACCAGUGGUUCUUCCACAGAAAGCCCCCCGCCACUGGAACAAGCCACGGCGCCGUUCCCAUUUUCUACGUCAUUCCCCACAGAGCCUCCGGCGGACAGCCUUGUAGCGUGGGCACCUAAAACGGCCGAGGAAUGCUUCUCACUGCUUGACAUAUUCUAUUCCAACGUUGACCCAAUAACCAGGCUUGUUCACAAACCUUCCCUCCACAAACGAUUCCUUCAAUAUGUCCAGGAGAUAUAUGGCACCAGGACCUACCCUCCAGGGGAAGAUGGCGUAAUGCCGGCUUCAACUCCAGCAAUACACACAUUUGAACCCUUGGCAUUGGCAAUAUUUUAUUCAGCUAUCAACAGUCUAUCUGCUGAGACUGUUCAGAUACGCUUUGCUGCCGAAAAAGGAACUCUCCUUGCUCAGUUCCAAAGGGGAGUGGAACACGGGCUUGGAAGAGAAGGUUUCUUAACUACACCAAGAAUCGAAGUUUUACAGGCAUUUGUACUCCUGCUAACUUGCCAAUCUCGAGAGGAUGACAUGUCUAGGACGUGGACUCUGCUUGGCCUUGCUGUUCGCAUAGCAUUAUCUCAAGGUCUCCACAGGGAACCCUCAUUAUUCCCCUCAAAUAAUAUGGAUGUCGUUCAGGUCGAAAUUCGUCGCAGACUGUGGCAUCAGAUAUGUCACCUCGACUUCCGCUCUGCUGAAGGGAGAGGCCAAGAACCUACGAUAGCUGAUGAGGAUUAUACGACCCUUUUACCUCGAAACAUCAAUGAUGAUGACCUUGUUGAGGGUGAACACCCAAUUACAGGAACAUAUUCCCCUCCUGGAUUUACAGAUAUGACCGGCCACCUGAUUCGAUUAAAUGGUAUUCACUGUUUCAGGAGAAUUGUUAGGAGCACCUAUCGGUUAGAACGGCGCAUGAAGUCUUCAAUUAUCAAUGGCAACAGCAGCGUAUACCCGAUUACAGAGCUUCAAACACUGUUUAUCGAGGUCCGGAGUAUGGUUGAAGAAAUGACUGUCCACCUUCAAACUCAAUACCUGCAAUAUUGUGACGCUAGUGUUGCUGACCAACGCCUGGCUCUUGGGCUUUCUGCUGUCAUAGAAUGGCGAUGUUGGUCUAUCUUCUGGUUGCGGACUCCAAAGCAGUAUAGAGAGGCUGUAGUUGCCCCUGAGAUCCGACAAACGGUUUUGACGAAAUCAAUCAGCUUAGUGGAAAGUAUGAAUAUGAUGCCUGAUGACAAAGAUGCUCAAAAAUUCCAGUGGCAUAUCGGUGGGCAUGCCUGCUUCCAAGCGAUCAUGCACAUCGUAUCUGAGCUUGGAACCCCGGAAUUCCAAUCUUUAAACCAUAAUUUACUCCGGUCCCGUGCGCUAGCUGUCUUGAAGAAGACAAUGGAUACGAGAGUAUUGGAGCUCAGUUCCACGUGGAAUGUUAUCAAUCGAAUUAUCUCAAAUUGCCUAGCUAAAAAUGCGCCGAGUAUAUUGUUUUCGGCACCAUCGCAGGCCAUCUUCGAUCCACACCAGGGAAGUUUGAAUUUUCCUCAGACGCUCGAAGAGUCCCGACCGUCCGAAGUGACUGCAACGACAGGGGUACCAUAUCCAACUCUAUCGGAAGUGGGAAGCCUCGAUAUGCAAGAUCCAUCCAUGGCUUUUGACUGGGCAAGUAGUUUCAAUCCCUUGCUUGACAUAUUACUUCUGUUUUAA